CAACUCCUCAAGAAAGUCGACUGGCGACUGAUCCCCGUCCUCACGCUUCUCUACCUCAUGUCGUACAUGGAUCGCAGCAUGAUCGGAAAUGCGAGAAUAGCAGGACUUCAAGAAGACCUGGCACUGACGGACUUGCAGUUCAAUAUGUGCUUGACGAUUUUCUUCAUACCUUAUGCUUUGCUUGAAGUGCCUGCGAACAUCAUGCUCAAGCUACUGAAGCCCAGGCUCUGGCUGACAAUCAUCACCCUGCUUUGGGGCGCGGUCAUGACUCUAUCUGGCUUGGUCGACAACUACUCUGGACUACUGGCAGCUCGCUUCUUCCUGGGCGUCACCGAGGCCGGCUUCUUCCCAGCAGCAUCCUACAUCCUCACAAUGUGGUACGCCAAACACGAACUGCAAACCCGAAUGGCAUACUUCUACUGCGCCGCGACUCUCGCCGGCGCAUUCGCAGGGCUAUUCGCAUAUGCCCUCAAUCUGAUGGACGGCAUCGGCGGGCUCGCCGGGUGGCGCUGGAUUUUCAUCAUCAACGGCCUGAUGACAGUCGGAGUCGGAGUUUUCAUCCCAUUCAUGAUGGUCGACGGUCCGGAGAAAGCGAAGUACUUCACGCCCGAGCAGAAAGCCUAUUUCCUUACACGCCUCGAGGUGAAUUACAGCAGUGGAGGGAAAGAAAAAGAAGGCUUUAAAUGGAAAUAUUUGAAGCAAGCACUUUCCGACUGGAAGAUUUGGUUGUCGACACUGAUAUUUUGGGGCAACGCGAUCCCAGGUUAUGGGUAUGUGUGUGUCCUACCAACCACCAUCAGGGGCCUCGGCUACUCAUCCCAAAAAGCUCAACUCUUAACAAUACCAGUCUACAUCGCCGCCCUCAUCUUCGUUAUCUUCUGCUCCAUUCUUUCAGAUCGCUAUAGGAAGCGCUCACCCUUCGUCAUCUACCCAUACUUCCUCUCCGCAACCGGCUUCCUCAUCCUCCUCGCCAUGCCCUCCGAUCGCUGGCCCGGCGCUCGCUACGGGAUCCUGUUCCUCGUCGCCAUCGGUCUCUACGUACCUCUCGUAGGAGUCGUAUCCUGGAACGCAAACAAUCUCGCAGGGUCCUGGAAGCGCAGUAUUGGCAUGGCUUUGCAAAUUACAGUGGGAAAUCUCGGAGGUGUGGUGGCUAGCAAUAUCUAUGUCGGUCGUGAGGCGCCGAGUUAUUGGACUGGGUAUGGAGUCAGUCUUGGAGUUACGGGAGUUGCGAUUGCGGCAGGGUUUGGAUUGAAGGGACUUUUGACAGCGAAGAAUAAGAGAAGGGAUAUGGUGAGCGAAGAGGAUGUGAGAUCGAGGUAUAGCGAUGAGCAAUUGGCGGAGAUGGGGGAUGAAAGUCCGCUGUUUAGGUAUGUGCUUUAG